CCUUUUCAAAAUGGCGGUGCAGCUGAUCGACGCGCGUAGAAAAAAAAGAACAUUAACCUCGGAAUACUUACUAGAAUUGAUAGCAGACGGAAACGAGCCUGAGAUAGAGGGUUUCGAAGAUGAGGAAUUUCAUGAAGAGGAAGGCAUUGAGGCUGUACCAGAUCGGAUGGCGGGUCAGUCGUAUUCGGACGAUGAUAUUUCUAACAGCGAGCAAGAAGAAGAAACCACUAACAUUCAGGUACCAGAAAUAAGUCCUAGUCCGAAUACAGUCUGCGCUGUAUCUCAACGUCGUCUUUCUGUAAGUCGCCGGCAUCAUCUACCUGAUCGUUCAUCAAGCGCACCAAGCACAUCUCAUGGUACUUCUCGAUACCGCACGAGGGACCGCAUGAGUAGAAAUGAUCAGCUGUCUGAUUUAUCUGGUAAUCCGCCACCUAGCGUUCGUGCUCAGUCCGAGGCAGCUCAACGCAACAGGGAUCCGUCUAGGCGAAGGCUAUGGAAAUCUAUUCCAUUUGACCAAAAAGAACAUAAUUUUCCGCCACGGGAACAACAAACAAUUAGAACGCCUCUCAAAUACUUCGGGGACAAUUUUGACGAUGCAUUUUGUGAGAAAGCCGCUUACUGCACAAAUAAUUACUACUUGAGGCAAACUGGAAGGGUUCUUCAUACUAAUCCUGUAGAAAUGAAGAAGUUCAUUGGUGUGCAUUUUAUAAUGGGGUGCAUAAAUUAUCCACGACUUCAUAUGUACUGGAGGCAAGAAAUGAGACUGGCAUUAGUAGCUGAUACCAUUCCAAGAGCCGACUGAAGAUGUUGCGCACAAAUUUUCAUGUGGUGGAAGAGGAUAUCGCCCCAGUUGGUAAUAAGAACAGUCUAUGGAAAAUACAACCAGUAUUAAAUCAGGUAAAAAAUGCCUGUGAGAAAAUAGAAAGGCUUCCGGGAUACUAUUCUAUAGACGAACAAAUGAUCCCCUUCUGCGGCUUGUGCUCAAAAGGUCUACGCGAAGUCAUAAAGUCCAAACCUAGACCCACCGGUUUGAAAGCAUUUGUAGCCACUACAAGCGAUGGUCUAAUGCUCGACUUUGAAGUCUAUCAAGGGGCUAACACCCCAUUCACAGAUAAAUCUCUAGGUGUGGGUGCAGCAGUUAUUUUGCAUCUUUCCAAAUCCAUUCCCCCAGGAAGUUGCAUUUACUUCGAUCGUUAUUUCACGUCAAUACCUCUCAUGGAAAGAUUAUCUGAAAAAGGAAUGCAUGGCACAGGAACGGUUAUGAUGAAUAGAAUACUUGACAAAAAAUAUAUGACUUUUAAAAAUGGCCGUGAAAUGAACCGAGGAGAUACUGAACAAUUCGUAAAUAAUGGUGUUGUAAUUGUGCCCUGGAUGGACAACAAAUCCGUUCUGGCGGCAUCCAAUUGCACUUCGGCAGACGAUCAUAUUUUCGUGAAGCGAUGGAAUAAAAAGGAGAAUGCAUACAUCGAUGUCAGGCAGCCCCUUAUCGUUGCCAAUUAUAAUCGGAACAUGGGAGGAGUUGACGUCCUCGACCAAUCAAUCGAGUAUAAUCGAACUUUUAUGAAGACCAAAAAAUGCUUUGAAGAUCAUGUUACAUUUUUUUGAUCUUGCAGUCGCAAAUGCUUGGCGUUUAUACAAAAUACAAUGCCAGACGGCUCACGUACAUAGGGGCCAAGUCUUUGACUUACUUCAAUUCAAAUUGCAACUACCUGAUGGUCUUACCAAUACCCCUGAUCGUCCAAGGCCAGAACAAUAUUCUGUUGAAAACAUGGAAGGUUUGGAAGCUCAAGAUCAAGAAAAAGGGCCCAAAUGUCGACCCAAAUAUUUCUGCCAAGAGAUACCGACCGGCUAAUGUACCUUCAGAGGCGAAACGUCACGAUGGUUAGUAUUUGACGAGAUCGAAAACCCUCGAUCCUGUAGAAUGGAAGGGUGUACAAGUAAAUUCAAGAUAAGAUGUGAAAAAUGCAACGUGUAUCUUUGUCUUAACAGAAAAGGCAACUGUUUCACAUCCUUUCAUAGGCAAUAAUUAGAGGCUAAGUUUCCUAAGAUUUUAUUUCAAAGUGAUUGUACCAAAAUGUUUAAGAAAUGAUUGAUGAUUGAUCUCAAGAAGUUAUUUUUUGUUUAAGUGUUGAUUAUUUAAUUUUUUAUUUAUAAAAAUAAAUAAUUACGAGU